AUGGGUAGAAAUCGUAGACAUGAAGCCAAGAUUGGAAGAUUUCAUUGUUCACAGAUUUCAGAUUGGCUGAUUCCAUCGUUCACUGAUUCCAGAUUAACAGAUUCCAUCGUUUUUGAGCUUUCCAUUAUCUCAGGGGCGAGAAAAUACGAAUCCGGUGCUUCAAAAAGGAAACGAAAAAUGCAAGAAGAAGCUUUUAUAGAUAAACAAAAAGGGUCGUUUUUAAAAUAUUUAACUACAAACAAAAACAUUGAUAAUGAACAACAACAAACUAAUGUUGAUAAUGAACAAGAACAAGCUAAUGUUAAUAAUAAUGAUCAUGAACCAACUAAUAUUGAAAAUGAUAAUGAACCAACUAAUACUGAAAAUGGUAAUGAACAAACUAAUAGUCAAAAUAAUAACGAACAAACUAAUAUUGAAUCUGAUAACGAACAAACUAAUAGUGAAAAUGAUAACGAACAAAGUAAUAUUAAAAUUGAUAACGAACAAACUAAUAGUGAAGAUGAUAACACACCUUUAAACAUAUAUGAUCCAAGUAAAUGGAAUAAUAUUAGUACUAACUUAAGAGAUUUAAUCGUAGAAAAGGGUCCUAUUAAGAUUUAUGAUUUUAAAUUUCCAAAAGAUCAACAUUCAAGAAGCUUUAGUACAUCUCUUUAUAUGCAAAAAAUAUCAAAUGGAGAAAAAUACGAACGAACAUGGUUGGUUUAUUCCAUAGAUGUAGAUAGAGUUUUUUGUUUUUGUUGUAAAUUAUUUAAUGUGAAUACAUCUACAUGUUCGUUAGCACAUAAAGGUAAUAAUGAUUGGAACAAUAUUUCUAGUAUAUUAAAAAGACAUGAAGCAAGUAAUGGACACAUUCUUAAUAUGAGGUCAUGGAUUGACUUAGAAACUAGAUUAGCAAAUAAUAAAACAAUUGACAAGCAAAUCCAAGAACAAAUAAAUAAAGAAAAAGAACAUUGGAAAAACGUGUUAAUAAGAAUCAUUGCUGUAGUAAAAACUGUAGGAAAAAAUAAUUUAGCAUUUUGUGGAACAAAUGAAAAGAUUUAUGAAGAAAAUAAUGGUAAUUUUUUAACUAUCAUUGAAAUGAUUGCAGAAUUUGAUCUUAUUAUGCAAUAA